GUUGAAUUGCACAAUACAGCUGUGUACGGUUUCAGAUCAUACAAUUUGACCUGUCGGAUUUUGGAUCAACGUACUAUUUUACGUCAUGAAUAGUAAAACAUUUCGCAGUCUCAGGCCCCUGGAACGUAAUAGUCCUGGACAACUUAAGAGUGGUUUAGACAUGCCUACACUACAACCUCAACCACCGUCUAAACUGCGACCUCAACCACCAUCUAAACUGCGACCUCAACCACCGUCUACAUUGCGACCUCAACCACCUCCUAGGCUGAGACAACGACCAGCGCCUCAACAAUGCCCAGAAGAAAUUGAGAUGAAGAGGGAGAUCACUCGGAGUUUCCAUAACAGAAUUGUGCUGAGAGAAAGGUCCCGGAUGUCCAGCCAAGGGCAAUGUGUCAAGCUUCCUCCUAUCCCCGGCUCUUCCCGAGAUGACAGCUCAAACCUCAGCCAGAGAUUUGAGAGAGUCCUUAGAGACCAAGACAACCUCAUUAAGAGUUUUGUGAAUGAGCUGUCGGAGAUGGAGCGUACUUCUCAUCAGCAGACCAGGGACAAUCUGUUAAAGUUUCAUUUGAGUCAGGUGAAAGAACAAGCGCUCGACUUCAAAACCAGACUCGAAGAACUUCGCUCAGAGUAUUAUACCGAGAGGAAGCUGAUUGUUUCACAGUGCGAGCAGCAGAGUGCGUAUUUGAAGGAUGUAAUGUUUUCCAUUAGAAAGCACUACGCUAAGAUUGGCGCUGAGGCGAGACGUGACUACGAGGACAUUUGCAAACAAAUAAAAAAAAAGCACAAAGGGGAAUAUAAAACUGUGGAAACACCGAAGAAAGAGGUCACUGAAGAACUGAGGGAAUUCUGGAAGUGUGAUGAUGUUUCAUGCGAAAAAAAGAAAGAAGAAUCUGACUCUGCUUCUCGAGUUUAAAGAGGUGGAGACAGAUAAACAGUGCAUUCAGGAAUUGGAGGUCAGGCAAAAAUUCAUUUGUUUCUGUUUAAUUUGGACAAUCAUUUUUCUUCGUAAUGGAUGGCUUGAGGCAAGCAGGGAAGGAGCCAAAAGCAAGGUUUAAUAUAACUUAAUCAAAACUCAACGCACAAAACAACAACAACACAGAAAAAAAACAGUCGGUCUGCCCCCGAGCCAAUGUGUGUGUC